AUGCCCGCACCCGUGACGCGGCAUUGGACGGCGCUGUCGCUUUUGGUGCGACAAGCAUACCGUUCUUUCGUUUUCUAUGACGCCAAGACGGCGAGUGAUGUAAUUGCCGCUCUAGGAGAUCUUCACGAGCCUCCGUUGAGUCUACACGCCCUUGUGCUUUGUGUAUUAACCACGUUGCCGAAUUUUUCUUCUGGAGACCAUGUGGCCCGCCUCUUCCAGGGGCUGUCUCUACUCCGUGUGCGCCACACAAUGCUCACUGCUCAUUUUUUGAAGCAUUAUCUCCGUUGCUGCUUUGUUAACGGCUGCAUGGCCACACCUCGCGUGGCUGUGCCAGUGGGCAUGGAAUAUUCCGUAAUAGACCCGUUGCGGUUUUUAUCCUCAUUUGCCGUGAUUCUUCACACCCUUGAGCGUUUUCACCCAACCGAAAUUGUUAAUGCCCUUUUUGAUUCCUUGGAAGAGAUGCUAGGCGCGGAUUUUGGACCAUCUUUAUUUUUCCAUUACAGAUAUUCUCACAAGAGCUGUGAACCAGACGAGGCAAAUAUAGAACCCUCUUCUGAGAACGCGGAGGAAGUUGCAGAGGAAAUUUUUUUUGUGCUGCAGCGUUUUCUUAUUAUUUACCGCCGGCACCCUUACGGUUCUCGGUACAAACGCACUGGAAAACUCUUGGCUUUCUAUGCAGAUCACUUGCACUUCCAUCAUUUGGUGUGUCUGCUGUGUCUUAUGGAAGAAGCGGAUACGAAGUGUCAUAAAUGGACAGCUCAUUUUUCGAAAGAGCAAGAGCUUUCUGACCUCCAGCGACAGUUGCUGUGUUAUCUGGUGUAUCGCUUUCGUCCCGAGGCGCUUCGUCCCGGAGUACUUUCAAAAGUUGAAAUCGUGGCGUUACUUAGACAUGUGAACUACUAUAAUCUCAGUGGACUUCCGCCUGACGUGAGAAGUGGAAUUUACUCCAUUGCAGAUGCCUUAUGUUUUAUUCUCGAAAAGGCCCCAUUGACGUUAAAUGCUACUCGUUUUCUGGUAGUGAACGAUUUAUUAUCACAGGAUGAGGAACCACAACAUAUGGAAAAGGAGAUUUCAACAGAAGCUUGGCAACUGCGGCAAAAACCCCGCCUGAAGCAUUUUCUAGAUGGACUGCAGCAGUUAAUUCUUGAUAGGGGGAGUAGAUUUGUUUGUAAGGAGGAUCUUUGGUUGUAUACAGAGGUUUUGCUUAUUUUGUGUUAUCGUCUACUUCUUUCUCAUGCGGCGGAUGAGAAAUCGGUAGCAACCCCACAACUCCUUCGGACCUGUCAGCUCACGUGUGACGCACUUGGAAGGUUGGAAAGACACGGUGAAUCUGGGAAUGCAUCCGUUGAGUUUCGCAUCCUUCUUUCCAGUCAGCCUGUGAGGUUGCUAUUGCAACAACGCGCGUCUCUGUUGGGAAGUGGGUUGGUUUUGGCACUCUCAGAGGUGAUAACACGGUACGGAAUUCAGACGGCGCUUCGCUUGGCCAUGAGACAUGCCGCCAAUGACAUGGAUCUUCAGUGUCUAUGUUUUUUGCUACAGGAGCGACAUCCGACGGUGGAGCUUCUGGCACGAAUUGAUAGUGCCAUAACUAUGAUUUGUGGUCAGAAGUGUUCCACACAAUACACAGUAAAACACAUUGCGGAAGCACUUAGCAUGCUCGGCUCGAGGAAUUGGGUGACACUUUGUGGCGGCAAUGAAAGAUGGAUAACACUUGCAACAUCUGUGCGACUCUCUGUGGCGGUGAAUUCACUUGUUUUUUAUAUAAGGAAGACUGAACAGGAUGCGACACGGCAGCAAGCAUUAGCACAGCUACUGAAACUUUUGACUGUGUUAUCUCCCGUAGAGUUGCACAGUGAUUCAGACAAGCGGUGUCGGUGUCUCACGGCACGCAUCCCUGGCUCAAACGCGGUUAAGCUCCUCAUUGAGUCUGUGCUUCGAGUUUGUAUUGAUUGCACCCCAAAAUUUGCAUUCUUUAGAGAUCACGGGGACGAUUGCAGCUUCCCCGCACUGAAUACAUCGGACUUUGCCGAGCGUUGUUUCCUGCGGAGUCGUUCUUCCAAGUUGUGGAAGGCGGCCGAGGCUUUUUCAGACGACGUAUGGUUUUCAGAGGAUGCAGCUCAUUGCGAAAAAGAUAUGUAUUCUUUUCACAGCAAGCAACAAAGCACACGGAACGUGGUGGAAUUUGCUCUCUGGAUGGGUGCUUUUCGGUUUGCAGCCGAGCGUAAAGGUGGAAAUGAGCGAGAACUUUUUCUUUCAAGCAUGAGGAUGGAAGAGCUACGACGAAUGCAUACGGAGAUUCUUCGGAGUGCCAGUUAUCUUGUGCUACGGGAUAACUCCUGGAGAUGUUCGACUCUGCGUCAGCGACUCCUUCGCGCCUUUUAUAUUGAGUUGAAAUGCGAGGGUCUUCACCUAAUUGGACGCAAUGAGCCAAUAUUUAUUAGACAUGAAAUAUUUAAGCAUGUCAUCCCGCUUUUAAUAGCAGAAUUAUAUCGGCUUGUGCUGACCCCCUGCUUUGAUGAGGAUCUUACAUUAACGUCAGUGGAAACAUGCAUCUCCGGUGAUGCAUGGAUGCUACUUGAGCACGGUGAUGUGGAUGCGGCCGAGCUAGUUGUUUUGUUCGAAUCUUCCAUGGAUGAAUUUCGAACGAACGGAGUUGAUAAAAGCCCUUUGCUUCUGCUGCAUGAUAUUGUGUGGAGCUCGCUCACAUGCAUCGCCUCAUUGAGCACGGCGCUCAAGGAGUGGAUUGAUGGCUUCCGUUAUGGAAGCUCAUUCAACACUGAGAAUGUCUUCGAUGGUGAGAUUUGCCACAAGCUGCGCAAAGACAGUGGCACAGUGCUUGUUGCCAAUGCACGAAAUACUCUCUUGUGGACGCUGUUGCUACUCGCCUGUUUUAUGCGUUGUCAAGCGGCUGUGCUAAAGAGUGAAGAAGCUGCACAGUUGACAGCGGCCCAAACCGCAGUUGCGCGGCUUGUGCGGUUGGUGUCGCAGCUCUCACCCGUGUUGAGGCGGCCACGUCCUGCUCCUGAGUGUCUCCUGGCGCUUAAACUGCGCGAGGUGCUGGAGGGGCUGAGAGACGGAGCUGUCGGCGGAAGCAACGACUGUGUCGCUGGCGUGCUUGAUGACGUGCUCCGCCGAGAGCAGCCGCAUUUCUCUCGCUGGGAGGGCACGUUUGAAUCGGUGGCUGCCCAAAUGAGGCGUUACGUGUGA